UCUUUUAGUUGCAUAAAACGCGAGACUUUCCAGGACUUUCACACUUUAGAAAGGAGGAGAUAAAUAAAAAAAAAAUAAUCGCAACAACUCGUUGUUUGCAUAAACGAUCCCAUAACCCACAGCUCGGAUUUCUCAACGUCUACUUCUCUCUCCCAAACUCAUGCGCCUACUUCAGAGCAGAUCGAUUCUGUUCCCUACCAUCUCGACCCGAAACUAUGCAGCCGGCUCCACCAAGGGUCGGCUCGGCACCGCUCUGAGCUUAGAUCAUUUCCUACUACGCUCGCGCGUCCUAUCCCUAUAUCGCAGCGUGAUUCGUGGUACGGGACGAAUCAGCGACCCGACGACUCGUGCUGAAACACGCAACUUCGCGCGCGCCGAGUUCGAGCGGCAUCGCAAUGUCACCGAUGUAGGCCACAUACGCUAUCUAUUAUCGACCGGUAAGACGGAAUGGGAGAGCAUGGAGAGGUAUAUAGAUGGGAUGUAGAAUAUGUAUAUACCCUGUGGUCUGUCACUGCCUCGUGACGCUGGUCGAGCCGUAAUCGCAUAGAAACAUGAUAAGCGCCGUGGCUUUUGACAUUCUACGUAGGUAGAUCACGGUUGUGCCAUUCUUUUUUCGUCGAGUAAAUCGUAU